AUGAUCCCCGCCAACGACGCGUUUCAACUCAGUCUGAAGCACGAACCAAGUCGCCUCGGACUCCAUUCCUCUUCCAAACUUCCCUUUUUCUCCAGCUCACGGCGGUCUCAAUCUCCCGUUUCUACACGCGCAUCGCCCUCCGACCGCUCGCCAAUGUCCACAAGACGCUCUAGCGCCGCGUCGCCCACUCUCAACGGCAAUGGAGACGCCCAUGCCAACGGCCACUCGCCCCAGCAACCGAACGGCCACACGCGCACGACCGCUGCAAAGCACGCGCGGAAGAGCUCGCGCUCCGCCGCGAAGGGCAAGGUCGCCGCCCAGCCGCAGGUCGUGGAGAAGGUCGUUGUUGACUGGGAGAUCCCGCGAAAGGCGCUGCAUUCGUCGAUAGGAUUCUUGACGCUUUACCUAUACUACUCGCAAGGCUCACCAAGGACUGUUGUCGUUGCGCUCGCGAGCGGCCUCGCGAUCAUCGUCCCGUGCGAUAUCCUCCGGCUUCGUUCCGCCAGAUUCGAACGGUUGUUUGAGAAGACUGUUGGAUUCCUCAUGCGCGAAAGCGAAAGGAAUAAAACGAACGGCGUGAUAUGGUACAUCAUCGGCGUCAUGUUCGCCCUCGCCGUGUAUCCCAUCGACAUCGCCGUCGUCUCUAUCCUCAUUCUCUCCUGGGCGGACACGACUGCAUCCACCGUUGGCCGCCUCUUCGGCGCCCGCACGCCCAAGCUUCCCGCUCGCCUCCCGAUUCUCCCUCUCCCUCUCGCCCCGCGCAAAUCCGUUGCGGGCUUCGCCGCUGCCGUCGUCACCGGCGCGGCCAUCGCAGCUGGCUUCUGGGGCUGGGUCGUUCCCCAGGUUGGCGAGGCGAGUAGCUGGCACUGGCCGGCAGUCGCACCGACGACAGAAAGCCCGAGUAAUCUCGGCGCGACGGGCGGAUGGUUAGGCCUCAGCGUGCUCGGCGUCGUUGCUGGGCUUAUUUCGGGUAUUACGGAAGCCCUUGAUCUCGGAGACUUGGACGAUAACCUCACGUUGCCCAUCAUCUCCGGCGGCUGUCUCUGGGGCUUUUUCAAACUUGUAGAAGCAUUCAGUGCGUGA